AUCACUAAUGCUGAAGAGCGAAAUAAAAAGGCACGCCUUAAACUCAUUAUAACUUAUUACCAUUAUGGAGAGGAACUAAAGAAACGCCUUGUCCAUUAUAGAGAAGAAUACAAAGAACAUGAAGUCCUAAAGAAGCUUUACGAUGAGGUUAAAGAUCAGCUUCCCAAAGAGGUUACCAAAAACGCUAUUCGAAAGAAAUCGAACAGGGCAAGGAAG